AUGCACUACAAUGUUGGCGAGGAAUUUACGGAUCCAGCUCCUAAUCGUUGUUCUGGCAUCGACGCAGGUUUACCGAAAAUUGACGAAGUGAUUGGAUUGAGGAAAGGGCUUCGGAUGGUUGAUCAUUAUGGUUAUGAAGAUAUCGGUCCUAUUUACAACGAUAUGGCAAGCGACUCGUUGAGGUUGGCCGAAAUUGAUCUGACAUACGAGGAUGGUUCCAUCUACAUUGGUAGGUUGUUCAAAAACAAAGAGCAUUUCAAAAUAACGCUUGCUAUACACGCCCUGAAGAAGAUGUUUAGAAAGGCGAAUCUCAAACAUACUUGCGACGCGGACAGCCGACGGACGUUCUCUAAGCACGCAUCGUCGAAGGUGAUAGCAGCACUUCUGAGAACCAAGUACGAAACUACUGUCGGGCCACGUCCUAAGGAUUUACCGUACUCGAUUCUGAGAGAGCAUCACAUUAAUGCCUCUUACUGGAAAUGCUGGAAAGCGAAAGAAUUGGCAAUUGCAUCUGCGCAUGGAACAGAGGAAAGCUCCUACAAGUUGCUACCACUGUACCUAUACUUACUGAAGUGUGCAAAUCCAGGGAGCAUUACACAUCUACAUACCGAGGUUGAUGAAAAGGGUGCAACAAGGUUUAAGUAUGCGUUUAUGGCGCUGAAGGCAUGCGUGGAUGGAUGGAAGCACUUGAGGAAAAUUCUCGUCGUGGAUGGAACUCAUAUGUUUGGGAAGUACAGGGGAUGUCUCUUGACGGCCAGCGGUCAGGACGCCAAUUUUCAAGUAUUCCCUAUAGCGUUUGCCGUGGUUGAUAGCGAAAACGACCUGUCCUGCUCUUGGUUUUUCGAGAAGUUAGGUGAUAUCAUUGACGACAGUUCUGAACUGGCGAUAAUUUCUGAUAGAAGCCCAUCAAUCAAGAGCGCGAUACGGAAAUGGUUUCCAAAUUCCCACCACGGAACAUGCCUUACCCACCUGACAAGGAACGUCGACGACCACUACCAUCGUAGACAUCAGAGAGCGCUAGUCCAACAGGCUGGAGAGGCUUUUACGGUGGCCAAAUUCAAGAAGUAUUACGUAUGCUGA